CUUGAAAUUGUGUCUCUCUUAUGGACUCCAGAUUUAAGGAAAUUGCCACUGCCGUUGCCCGGCAAUCAUGUCCGAUAUGCCUCUGCCAGCUACACCAUCGGAGCGCGGCGGUUGUUAUCCCAUGUAUGCACGCCUAUUGCAUCGUCUGCAUCCGCAGAUGGAGCGAUGUGAAGAGAAAAUGCCCUCUCUGCAACGCCGACUUUGAUUCAUGGUUCUCCAGAAUCAGCUUCUCCUCCCGGACCUUCCAGAAAGAGAAAUUAUCAGCUCGUAACGAGACUAAGAAGUUACCCUCAGGUUUUGUCCCCUCUAGGCUGGGAGACCGAUUGGCGGACCGAAGAGCGAUUAGGAGAAGGAGAGAAGAGUUGAAUACUUUUGGCUCCAGAACGAGGCCGUUCCCAAGGCGGCGAUCCUUUGAUCACAAUGGAGCUUUAAAUCCAGAUGAUAUUACUAGGAGAAUCAUUCUCUGGCGUUCCAGCAUUUAUGAAGAGAGAUUGCAGGCUGUUCCCUUUUCAUCUAAAAAUUGCCUCAUGCAGCACAUGGAUAAUAGGAGUACCAGAGAAAAGAUGUUACAGAGAAUAGAACUUUGGAUAAGAAGGGAGCUGCAGGCUAUACUGGGGGAUCCAGAUCCAUCCAUUAUUGUCCAUGUUGCUACCUCACUUUUUAUCACUGAGAAUACACAUUCAACACAGAGGUGCGACAGAAAUGAUUUUCUUGCUCCAUUGCGGCCCUUCUUGCAUGAACGUGCAGAAGUGUUUUGGCAUGAACUAAGGUGCUUUGCCGAGAGCCCUUUGUCUAUGCAAACAUAUGAUACUGUGGUGGAGUACUACUCCUUGGACUAAUUCACUAGUACCAAUCAUCAAUGCGUUGGCUACACUCCUGGGGGUAACAAUAUAUUGAGAGGGAUAAGAUAGGGUUGUGAUCCAGCGUAGUCAUCUGAUCAUAUGGCUAUAAGGAUGUUGGAAUCUGAAUUCUUGCGGCAAAUGGAAGAGCAAGCCCCCAGUUUUUCUUCCUCAAUAGCCAGUUAAGAUUAGUUGAAGAGCCCACACUAUGCACUGUUCCUUAUGGAUGAAGUCUUGUUGCCUUGGCUUUGUCUAGGCAGGGAUAAGCAUAUUUGUUGUGCAUAUUCAUUGACCUUUUUUGUGAAGUCCAAGACACAGGAGAAGAUGACUACUUGUGAUUAGUAAUCCAUUUGUAGGAGAGGCUGGAGAGAUCUAGAAUGCUUAAAUUAUAUUUCUGCAGUGGUUAAUCAAAGCGUGACAGAAGUUCCUGAGGAGUUAGCAUUUGGUAGACGAUGUGCUAGCGACCUGUUUGAGCUCAAUAAGACACUGUUUGAAAAGUAUGAUUCGACAGUCGUGGACCUAGUUUUUCCAGUUAUAUCCUCUGUGAAGUCCGCAUUUUGAAGAAGAAGAACCUUGUGUUGAUAGUUUGCGAAGUGGAUGAUAAGCCUUUCAAAUAGAAACUGUACAGGGUUGCGAAUCUCUUGUGUGAAAUGCACAUCGUUGGAAAGGUGUUAACUGCGCUGUGUCAUGUACAAAAAUUAGAUGGUACACAUGUUUCGAUAUUAAAUUAU